GAGGAGAGGCGACGCGCUCCCCAACUCGAAGCAACAAGGUCCGAGGAGCGACACUUGAGUGCGCUUAUCUCCCCUAAAGCCAGCUCCGCUCAACUUUAGUCUCUUUUAAAGAUGUUCAACCAAGAUGCUUUAUACUUAGAUCGGUCCUGCCUACGCGAACCCGCUUCCUCAUAGACUUAACAUAGUUUUUUUUCUUCUUUCCGUGCUGACCAAGACCUAACCCGAAUUUGCAGCUGGUGAGAAUAUGUGCGAGAGGCGAUCGGCGAAGGGCAUGGGCUGUCUUUGGUCCCUCAAGGAGAAGCAGCGUGGAUUAAACACGAAUUAAUGUGGAAUUUAUCGGAGCCCCAAGGUGGAACGACGACCGGACACAGCGCUUCCUUGUCAGGGACUGACUGAUCAUGGUCGCCGUGGUCCGCUGUCUCAUGGUACUGCUGCUCGCUCAGGUGUUGCUGGAAGGUGCUACGGGACUUAUCCCCGAGGUCGGCCGGAGGAAAUACAGCGAAUCCGGGAAGCAGACCCCCGAGCAGUCGGAGAGCUUCCUCAACGAGUUUGAGCUUCGGCUUCUCAAUAUGUUUGGACUGAGGCGCAGGCCCACCCCGAGCAAGCAAGCCGUGGUGCCGCAGUACAUGGUGGACCUUUACCGCAUGCACUCAGCGAACGGAGACCACAGCACUAAACGACCCAAGAGCAUGGGGAAGCACGCAGAGAGAGCCGCCAGCAAGGCCAACACGAUUAGAAGCUUUCACCAUGAAGAGUCUAUGGAGGCCCUGGCCAGGCUGAAAGGCAAAACGACCCAGCAGUUCUAUUUCAACCUCACUUCUAUCCCUGUUGAGGAGCUCAUCACCUCUGCAGAGCUACGUGUCUACAGGGAUCAGGUCAUGGAAGCUGCACCCUCCAACAACAGUUCCAGAAACAGCAGCACCAGUGAUAGCGCUCCUGCUGGUGGCUUCCAUCGUAUCAACAUUUAUGAGAUAUUCGGAGCUCCUGCCACUCAAGGUGGGGAACCUCUGGCACGUCUGCUGGACACUCGGCUAGUGCAGGACUCUUUGAGCCGCUGGGAGAGCUUUGACGUCAGCCCUGCUGUAUCUCAGUGGACCUCUGGGAAAGGUCACAACCAUGGCUUCAUGGUGGAGGUGCAUCACCCGGAGGAGUGGGAGAUUGAUGGGGAGCAUGCCCAUAGACGUAGUAGGCACGUCAGAGUGAGCCGGUCCCUGCACCAGGACCAGGACUCGUGGCCUCAGGCUCGGCCUCUGCUGGUGACGUAUGGCCAUGACGGCCGUGGGGACUCAGUUCUCCACACACGGGAAAAACGUCAGGCGCCAAUCCGCAAACAGCGCAGGAAGCACCAACACAAAGCCAGCUGCAAGAGGCAUGCCCUGUAUGUAGACUUCAGUGAUGUGGGUUGGAAUGAGUGGAUAGUGGCGCCCCCUGGCUACCACGCCUUUUAUUGCCAUGGGGAAUGUCCGUUCCCCCUAGCAGACCACCUCAAUUCUACCAAUCAUGCCAUUGUGCAGACGCUGGUCAACUCAGUCAACUCAAACAUCCCCAGAGCCUGUUGCGUGCCCACUGACCUCAGCCCCAUCUCCCUGCUCUACUUGGAUGAAUACGAGAAGGUCAUCCUGAAAAACUACCAGGAUAUGGUGGUGGAGGGAUGUGGCUGCCGGUGAAACAUGGACAGUGGUAUGGAUAGAACGAGAAAGUGGGCAAGAAAGACUGAAAGAGACAUCAGAGGUUAUUAUGGACACCCGGUUUCCCAAUGAAGACGUUUAUUUAUAUGAAAGACAAAACAGAGCUAUUGUGGAAGAAGAAAAAAACUAUAUAUGAAUAUAUUUAUGUCUACGUAAAGUUGGGAAAAAUAAAUAUUUUAAUCAGAGGAAUAUUCCUUUACUGGUUUUGAAAAUGUAUUUCUGAUGUACAUUUCGAAAUGGGUGCAAUACCACAUGAAGUAUAAUGCUCAGAUUUUUAUUUUGUAUUUAUUUCUAUUAUAACCACUUUAUUUGUAAAUAAAUACUGUGUAUUUAUCGUGAAAAAAAACGUGGUCACUCCAAUUUUCCAAGAUCAGCUGCAGUGAACCAGUUUACCAUUGUUGAUGUAUCUAUGUCAGGGGCCAACAUGUGCGGCUGAAAUGAAUAACAGAGUUUCAAAUUCUGACAGAAAUUAGCUGCACAAAUAUAACACAUGACAACACGCUCACACUACACUGAUUGCAAACCAAGCAUUGAACUCUUUUGGUAAAUGUAAUUGGAAACCAACAACAAUAGAAGCGUAGAGAGGAAAGUGACAGAGCGGGGUCAGGGUGCCGCUGGUGUAAUGAACUGCAGUGGGGUGUAGGGUCACAGGACGGGAGUGACAAGUUACAAGCCCACAAAUGUGAUAGACUCCCAUGGGAGGAUUAG